AUGACGGAGGUGCUACGAAUGUACCGACGUAUCCUCAAGCUGGCGCAACGCUACCCAAGCAUCAAGCGUGAGUCGAUAAUCCGCGAUAUCAAGACGAAUUUUCAUGCCAAUAAGAACCUCACGAAUGUGCAGAAAAUCCGAGAAGAGCUUGCAUCGGUACAGGCAGGUAUUCAAGAGCUGUCGAUGUAUGCGAGUUUGGACCCGUUAAUGCCCAAUUGGAGUGUCGAAGUAGGACGCGAUGCAAUUCAACCGCCACUUCCUGUCCAUGGCGGCGCAAAUGCAAAGAUUGUCGGUGAGGAGAAGAGAGAGUGA